AUGUUAGGAGAUGAAGAAGAACACUCUGAACCAUUAGAAGAGGUGUUGUUAACAGAGGAGGAGGCUCUGAGAGAAGCUGUUACACUGAGAAGCGAAGAGGCAGGCGUCGAGAUUGCUAGGAGCACUCAGGUGUUGUAUUUUGACGAAGAAUACGGAAAGAAUGAUGUGAGAUUGAUAGAACUAUCUCCGGAGAUGUUGAAUAUCCUGAAAGAAGAGAAAUCUUUCGUUCUGAGAGGAGACGGAGGCGAGGAAGCAGUGCUCUGUACUACCAACAAAACUUACACAGUGCGAGAAUGUACCACCUCCAACUCCCUCCUCCUAACUCCAGAACUUGCUGCAGACAUAGACACCUCUACUCAUACCAUCACCCCUAGGAGGGUAGCUAGCUGUAAUUUCGUAUACUACGAGUUGAAACUGUGCAGAGCAAAGCUGGAUAAGAUGAGAGAUAUUCUUAACAGGUCGGCUUAUAGUGGGGAGGAGAAUGAGACUAAAGAUAAAGGAGAGAAAGUUACUAUUGAGGAUUUGUUGAGUAAUAUACAGGCCUCAGAGCAGGAACUAAAAGAAGGACUUGACGAGUUAGGAGCGAUAGAGAUGAACGGCUACUGGAGAGUAGUGGAGCACGAGUACAAGACUUCAGCUGUAUCAAGGAUCCUCACCCUGCUAGAAGAGAUGAACUGGUCGUGGGAGAAAGUGCCUCUCAUACAAUCCUGUCACACUCUAGCAGACUUACAGCCUAGAUUCGUUACUGAACUCUGCCUCCGUCUCUAUGGUAACCAGGUAUCCGAGACGGAGGAUGAGGUGCUGAUAAAGUUGUGCGAGGAUAAGAUCUGUAGGUUCUACGGACAGUAUAUCCUCUCCAGCUCGGCGGGCAAGUUCAAUCUAACUGAGUUUGUGGAAGUAUGGCAGGACUCCCUCCCGGAUGGUAUGACUGCAGACAUGACUUAUUUAAGAGGACUGGCUCUGGUUAACAAGUCCUCCACACCCCACACUAUCUCUUACUUAGCUGUGUCGGAUCUGCCAAUAGAACCAGCUAGAAGGUUCGCGUACCUGUUCAGUAGGCAAGAGAAGUGGUCACAUGACGAUGUUAUACCUUACCUAGAGGAUCUGAUAGGACCUGGCCAGACUGUGACUGCUUUGUUACUGAAACACUGUCGGAGCACUACAGAUCACAAAACUAAGCUCAAGGUCUACAACUCCAAAACAAGGAGCUAGCUGUUUACAAGAGGAAUGUGUAACUUUACAUUCUACAAUUCUCUUUGCUUUAUCAGAUUAUUGGUUUAUCGCCAAUUUCAACCAAGUCACCAGCACGGCAGUACAAUGAAUGAGCAGUGAAAUCUUGUUCUGAAUACAUUUUAACGUAUUCUCGCGAGUCAGAAAGAUGAUUUUGAUAUUUUUAAAUAUUUUAUUUGUUAUUUUACCAUUUUAAUACAUUUAAUACGUAUGGUUUUAAAUUCAUUUGCUACAUUUUUCGAAGUAUUUGAUCAUUUUUAUGGAACUCAUAAAACAGAACGUACUUAAAGUUAUCAUAUCUAUGAAUUUAUGCAUGGAACGUGCGUCAUGCAGCCACUAUCGUGUUUUAUAAUAUUACUUCGCUGUAUGAAAGAAUUUCAACAAUUUCUUUGAAUGUCGGAAUAUAAAAAUUCGAAUUCAAGACUUCGUGGUC